GCACUCCGUAAAAACAGACUGCGUCGGGUGCUCUGAAUAGAAGACUGACGACCGGUUUCUAUUAUAUGUAAGUGGUCUAUUAAUUUCCUGGCCAUAAAAUGACCCCUAAUAUCGAGGAGGAGGCCUGGCGGGUGUCCGGAAUUUCGAAGAACUAUCCCAGCUAUCGCCAGCAUCAACCUGCCACAGUGGAGAGCUGGCUGGAGGGCAAACAUUCGGACGAUGGGGCCGAAGGUCUCUGGCGUAUUAACGAUAAGCUAUACGACUUGAGCGACUUUGCCACGCGGCAUCCGGGUGGGGCAUACUGGAUCGAGUGCACCCGCGGCACCGACAUCACCGAGCCCUUCGAGUCGCAUCAUAUUGAGGACCGAGCACGACAAUUGCUCAGCAAAUUCGAAGUGCGGGAAGCAGCCCAACCAAGGAACUACAAGUUUACGUUCGAUCAGAAUGGUUUCUACAUGACUCUGAAGCGGAGAGUGAGAGAGAAACUGAGGAAGAUGAAUUAUAGUCCCACAAAGAAGACAGAUUACCUCCACUCUGGUAUCCUGGCCUCUGUCUUUAUGCUUAGCUGGAUUGGCACAGUCCUUAAGUCUUUGUUCGUCCUGUCCAUAGCUGGCUUGGCACUUUGCUGGCUGGCAAAUGCCGCGCACAAUUACUUCCAUCAGCGGGACAACUGGCGGAUGUACACCUUCAAUCUGACGCUGAUGAGUUUCAGGAACUGGCGGAUCUCGCACGCUCUAUCCCAUCAUGUGUAUCCGAAUUCUCUGCACGAUCUGGAGCUGUCGAUGUUUGAGCCGUUCCUGUGCUGGGUUCCCAAUCCUCAUUAUGGCAGUCGCAUAAAGCGCUGGAUAUCGGUGGUGGUUUCUCCGCUUUAUUAUGUGCUCUCCUUCUCUAUGGCGUUCCUGCAACGUUUGGUCAUCUCACUGGCUAAGAAGAACAUAAUGUACUGGGAUGAUCUCAUUGCCUUUACUCUGCCCCUCUUCCUUUAUCUCUCCACUGGCGUGGGUCUGGGUGCUGCUCUGUGGAACUGGUUGCACGUCCUCGCCGUAGGAGCCUUUUUCUUUGGGUUCAUUGGACUGACUGCAGCCCAUCAUGAUCCUCGUAUACUGCACGAUGGCGAUGCCCAGCGCACGGACCGAGACUGGGGUCUCUAUCAGAUGGAUACGGUCAUCGAUCGGCGAGACGUCAAGUGGUCGGAUCUCUUGGUCCUCACCCACUUCGGUGAUCAUGCGCUUCACCAUCUCUUCCCCACGCUGGACCAUGGAGUGCUCAAGCACCUCUAUCCGGAGCUGAAUCAAACGAUUCAGGAGUUUGACGCAGAGUUAAGAGAGAUGAACCACUGGGGACACAUCAAAGGGCAGACGCAGCAACUCCUACGCAUGGAGGCUAAUCCCAUGCCUCCAGGCAGUAAAAAGUUCAUGUAGUUUUGGGAGGAAUGUGGAUGUGUGCUCCGGGUGCUCACGAAAAAAAAUUUAGGGUUGGGUAGUCAAUAAAGUUGAAUGGCAUCCAGUUUCAAAGAAA